AAUUUUGUUUUCUUUUUUCCCCUCACUUGUUUCACUCAGCUGAGGCUGGACCUUGCUGGUAGAGGCGAGGAUAAUUCCGGCUGCAGUUCUCUCGAAGCGGGCGCUCUGCCUCUUUGUUUCAUUGUAUCACGCCUAAAGUAACGUUGUCACAAUUUUUCUUCUUAUAACAACACCUCGAGGAAAUAAAAUUUAACAGAAUGGAAACGUCAUGCCGGCCGGGAGAUCGAAUGGAGCACUGUGCAGUGUUCCAGGACAGAAGAAGAAAUGACAGUGAGCAUUCCUCCUGCAGCAUUCUGGAAUAUAACGACCUGGAGGCCGCUGAAGCCCUGAUGUGCAUGAGUGGCUGGGGUCAAGUGUCGCCCAGUCCAAACGCCUUUAGGCCGCGGCCCCUCACCCCUGCCUCAGACUCCUGCGAUUUGCUGCCACAACCUGACCACCCGGAGACCACAAAGGACUUCAUUUCCCUUUCCUCACUGUGCAUGACUCCACCUCACAGUCCCAGCUUCCCAGAGACCUCGGUCACAGCUGCCCCACCCACGAUGAGCAGGUCUUACUCCAGCCUAUCUCACUUCCCACAAACUCUCAGACUGGGCAUGGGCCCCAUUCCUCAGACCCCCUGCAGCAGAAUGUCCACAGAAACGGCCAGCACUGUGCCAUGCAGAGCCAUGGCUACCAGCGUCAUCCGCCACACAGCAGACAGUUCACCAUGCCGACACAUUCCUCCGGCUGGCGUUCCACAGACGCAGCAGCCUAUAAAGACUGAGGAGCAGACGCUGGAACGCCACCAUACAACCCCACCACCCCUGAUGCAUGUAGCCCCCUCUCCCUGCAAGACUGAGGCCCCAUGUAACCCCCUCUCUACUGGUAAAAAGCUCCCCUCUCCACUGGCCCCUCAGAGUCCACCCCCCACCCCGAGUCCUCCAAUCAUAUGCCAGACAUUCCCCAUGAACAGCCAAUCGGGUGUGAUCUCAGCCCUGAUCCAGAGCCCCUGCCCAAGGCCCAGUCCAGGGAUGAAGUCUAUCCUUCCUCAGCCGUUGCUGGUGGGCACUGCAAUGCCUCAGGGUGCAGUGAUAUUUGUGAUGCCCCAGACGUCCAUCUCGCAGACCCCCCAUUGCCCGCAGCAGUCAAUCAUGACUGUGGGCAACACCAAGCUGCUACCUCUGGCCCCGGCGCCAGUCUACAUGCCCUCUGGGCAGAGCAACACGGCGCAGGUGGACUUCUCACGCAGGCGCAACUACGUCUGCAACUUCCCUGGCUGCCUAAAGACCUACUUCAAGAGCUCCCACCUGAAAGCACACCUCAGAACACACACAGGGGAGAAGCCUUUCAGCUGUAGCUGGGAUGGCUGCGACAAGAAGUUUGCACGCUCUGACGAGCUGUCUCGCCACCGGCGCACACACACGGGCGAGAAGAAGUUCGUCUGUCCCGUGUGCGACCGACGCUUCAUGCGUAGCGACCACCUAACCAAGCACGCGCGCCGCCACAUGACCACCAAGAAGAUACCAUCCUGGCAGGCCGAGGUGCGCAACCUCAACAAGAUCGCCGCCGCCAAAGCCUCACCCCCUCCUGGUCCCUCCCUCCCUGUUAGGAUGCUCAUUUCUGCCUAAAACUGAACUCGAUUAUGUGAAAAUACUUACAUGAGAUAAAUACUGACCUCUCACUAAGGAAAAAAUAAAUCAUAUCUGGGAGCUGCGUAUAGAAGCACAAGGCUGGCAGGCCUGCUGUGGACACCCAAACAAACAGAACAUGCACUGGACUCUCUCCUGUUUGUUUCUCUUGUCUAGCUCACAUGUAACUCUUUUUAGGAGGAGUGAUUUUAUUUUGUUUACUUGCAUACGCUGUGUACAGUGUAUUCACUAUUUUGCCAAAGUCUUUGUUUGAUGUCUAUGUCUUUUACAUUAUGUCUGCCUUUUGUACAUACUUACAUGUUUGUAUCCAUCUGAACGUAUGGAUAUCCUGUAAUGCAUUCAUUUAUAAAAUACAGGAAUUACUCUUUGUUACGUCAUGGAGAAUCCUUUGGUGGACAGUAAUCAACACUGUGAUUCUUUAUUGUUUGUGUUAUUUAAAUACUCAUUUUUUAAGUAAAAAAAAAUGAUGUUGUA